AUGAAACCAGGUACAUUAAGACGGUGCAAAGAAUUGGGGGUUUUCUUCAUCUUCCUCGGAGGUAAGCUUCCGUUUAUUUAUCGUAUCUCUAAUUUAGGAAUUCACUACGCCUACUACAAGAUCCAGAAUAACGACUCAUUGGUUCCGAAACAUAGCAGACAAGAGCUGUUUUACGUUAAAUGGAUCAAAGACGCGUUCCCAUCGUUAAAGGACAAACUUGGAGUCAAAAAAGACUAA